GUAAUGCAACUAGUAGCCAGUAAUUUACUGUGAAUAUACAGUCAAAUAUUUAAGAGUGCAUGCCUUUUGUCGUCUGAUUGAUAGUUUAGACUUCUUUAAAAGUCUUUUAGUAUAAUUGUACAAACGUCCUGCAGCUUGGGCUUCACAUGUCUUUCUGGUGUCAAAUGUGUUAAUCAGAUCCUUUCCUGUUUCAUAUUUUCACACUUGCACAUUAAAACUAACUCUGUGCUUACAGCUGCAAAUCAACCAUGUUGAAGACAUCGCUUGACGUCUAUAACUCAGACAUGAGUGAUGAGAUGCAGGACGAGGCUCUUCAGGUCGCUCUUCUGGCUGUGAAUAUGUACACAGAGGAUAAUGAUAUUGCUGUCUACAUGGUGAAGGAGUUUGACAGAAGGCAUGGACGCUCCUGGCACUGCAUUAUGGGGAAUUGUGGUUACUACGUGCAGUAUAAAACAAGUUAUAUCUGCUUCUCUGUUGGUGACAAAAGAAUUGUGCUCUUCAGAACUGACUGAGGUUCAGCAACAGUUCAAACACAAUUUAUUUGAUGUCCAUAAUUAAUAAAACAUCCUCCUUCAUCUCGUGCUUCAUGUGUCUUUCUGCUGUAAAAUCUUUACUGAUUUUUAUGAAAUAAACAUAAGAAUAUUUUUUAUAUUGUUACUAAUAAUUCAAGAUGUUGACACUUAGUUUAUUUGAUUAUACAAAUUCAAAGUUUAUUAUAAGCCCAAAGGGUGAUUUUUGGUGCAGCAUAA